UUCCACCAGUGACUCUCCGUUGUGAUCGCCUCGCUUUCAGAAACGGACGUGCUUUUGGAUUUAGCAGCCGGUGCCUGCGUUCAGAGAUGGUGUGAGGAGCUGCUACAUUACAGAUAACUGGAGUUAAUGUGAGACCAGUUAUACAGAGAUGUCAAUCCCUUCCAGUUAGCGACACCUCUACAAUGAUGGGGAUAUAAAGGAGAGUCUGCAGCUCUCCUCUCAGGGACAGUCUUCUGCAGCCCUUCUCUGGUCACAGGCCUGCCUGGCAUCUCUCAUCCAUACCAUUCCUCUUUCCAUCCACCCAUCCUUCCCCCUGUCAUGAAAGGCCUGUCCAGUAGUCGGAGUCACCAUCACGUGGUCUCCUAUGAACCAUCAUAUGAUCUACUGGGUCACCAUGUUGACCGCAAGCCAUAUUUGAUCAGUCAGAAUGACAUGCCUGUGCCCAUUCCCAUGCCGCAUCCAGCUGAGCUGUCCUACUACAAUGCUCAGCGUUCCCCGUACCCCUCUGACAGCAACAGCAUCGUACCAUAUGGAACCUUCCCAAGGAGGUGCCACUCCACCUCCUCAUCUCACCAUCCUGAGGUAAAGGAUGAGUGUAUGGCCAUGGUACCAUAUGUAGGAGGAGGAGGGGGAGGAGGAGGAGGAGGUGGAGGAGGCUAUGGAGGUAAAACGCCCACCCGGGUACCAGCAAACUUUGCGGACCCGUUUGAGCGUCAGCCGUCAUUUUCCAGAGAUGGCUACCAUACACUGCAGUACAAACGAGGAGUACUGGCCCACAGUGGGGGGAUGGGGGCCAACAACAACAACAGUGACAGCCCAGGGAGAAUUCGCCACCUGGUCCAUUCGGUCCAGAAACUUUUCACCAAGUCACAUUCAUUGGAGGGGCCACAUCACACACAGUCCUCCAAGGGGGCCAAUAAUGGGAGCGUUAAUGGUGGUGGUGGUGGUGGAGGAGGUGGUGGUGGUGGUUCAAGGGCCAGCCCAGAAGGUGAAACUCCACUGGUGGGAGUGCGCCACCGGAAGCGCAGCAAGAGCCGCGAGCGCUGUCGAUCAGCGGAGCCCAAGCAUCGAAGCCACCACCACCACCACCACCAGCUCCACGGCUCAGCAUCUGCUCCAGGCUCUGGAUAUUGGAGCUCAGAUGACAACCUGGAACGGGAGCUGUGUCUCUACCACCCUCACCACCACCAACCUCCACCCUCACCCUCACCCUCCAUUUCCCCCUCGCCCAUCGCCAUGACAAUGGGCCGGUACCCCAGCAACAACCACGACAAGUUCCCCCAGACUCCCCUCCCCAGUCUCUCCUCCUCGCAGUCCCAGCAUUACUUCAUGAUGGACCCUUAUGGCACACUAAACGAGCACACACACACCCACGCACACCAUGGCCACACACACCACCAUUCUGCACUCAAAGCCUCCCGGAGCAACAACGAUGUGAAGUAUGCAGCGUCGUCGGCAUGUGUGCCAGUUAGUGGUAGCAGCAAUAACAGCGGUGGCGGUAUCGUUGGAGGAAGUGGCCCCUUGAUGCCAAUGGGUCUUGUGGACGGGCCCAUUGUGAAGAAAGGGGCAUGGUCAUCAAGCCUAACGGUGAGCAGGGCCCGAGAGGUCUACACCAACAACAGCAGCCACAACCAGCUACGAGCCAGCGCAGGAUCCGGUAACCUAAACCUAGAUAGAGCUCUAGUCAAAUCUAAGGGCAGUCAGCAGCAGGAGCGCUCUUGCCAUUUCUUACAGGUACCUCAGGAUGAGUGGGGCGGCUUCUCUCCGCUGGGGAAGGAGGAUGACAUCCCCUGUCGGAGGAUGAGGAGUGGAAGCUAUGUCAAAGCCAUGGCUGAGGACGACAGCGGCGACUCUGAUGGGAGUCCCAAACCGUCUCCCAAAGUUCAGGCACGCAGGGCCAGCUACCUGAAAGCCACACAGCCAUCACUGACUGAGAUGACCACUCUACAGAUUUCGACGGAGCACUCCCCCAAACUGCAGAUCAGGAGCCACAGUUACCUUCGUGCGGUGAGUGAGGUUUCAAUCAAUAGAAGCCUGGAUACCCUGGACCCCAAAACCCUCCUCGACCCCAAAUCGCUGCUGUCCUCACCCCAAUAUCGCUCACGCAAUGAAAGCUACAUGAGGGCCAUGAGCACCAUCAGUCAGCUGAGUGAGGUGGAGGUGAACGGGCAGAUCGAACAGGUGUGUGAACAAGUCUACAGUGAAAUGCAGGCCCAGGCCAUGGAGGCUGCCAUGGACAGCAUGGACACCAUGGACACCCUGCCUAUGCCAGGAUGCUUUCGGAUGCGAAGCCACAGCUAUGUCCGGGCAAUUGACCAGGGCUGUGCAGGGGAGGAGGAAGGAGAGGGAGGGAGACCACUGCUCUUGCUGCCAUCCUCCCCACCACGCACAUCUGCCACCACCGUCAGGACCAUCCAGAGCAGCACAGUUUCAUCUUGCAUCACCACCUAUAAGAAAACACCUCCACCAGUGCCACCCCGAACUUCCACCUGCUCCACAGCCUCCAAGCCCUACAUCUCAAUCACAGCCCAGAGCAGCACAGAGUCUGCCCAGGAUGCAUACAUGGAAGAGGAGGGACCCAGAGGUGACAUGACCAUCCAAUCAGGGCUCAGUAACUCAACAGAGAGCAUUGACAGUAUGAAGGCCCUGACAGCUGCCAUAGAAGCUGCUAAUGCACAGGUCCACGGACCAGCCAGUCAGCAUGUCAGUAACAGCACCAUGACAGUCAGCCCCCCCACUCCGUCGGUCCUAAGCAGGGGGCAAGUUGUUGAAGACCACCGGGAUAUAUACAGGAAAGAAGCACUCAGGAAGGGAAAAUGUCUCUCCAUAGGCAUCCAGGUGGAUGGCCCAGAGGAGAUUCCGGACCCAGAGGACCCAUCUAAGUUCACCUCUGUAGGGGUGCAAGUAGAGGAUGACAGAGGGUAUCGCCGGUUCCAGCGCUCCAACAGUGUGACAGCAGCUGUACAGGCAGAUCUGGACAUGCCGGACCUGCUUGACACCCCACUAGAUUCCCCAGACACUGACAUGGAAGUCCUGUCAUCUGGUGCCAUCUCUCGACAAUACUCCCGCGAUGCUGCCACCUCUACCGUCAGCAUCCAGGGCUCAGGGAAUCACUACCACGCCUGUGCCUCCGAUGACUAUGAUGAUGUGGGCUUUGACCCGUCCAUCCUUCCCCCACCAGACCCCUGGAUAGACAGUGUAACAGAUGACUCACUUGAUGUCAACUUCAACAGCUCUGCUAUUCUGGAGGUGGUGCAGCGGUCGGUGUGUCACAGAGAUGGACGCUGGUUUCUGAAGCUGCUGCAGGCAGAGACAGACCGCAUGGAGGGCUGGUGUCGACAGAUGGAGCUCGACCAGCGGGAGAAUGACCUGCCUGAAGAUAUCCUCGGGAAGAUGAGGAGUGCUGUAGGAAGUGCUCAGCUACUGAUGUCCCAGAAGUUUCAGCAGUUCAGGGAGCUGUGUGAGGAGAAUCUGAACCCCAAAGCCCACCCUCGUCCUGUGGCCUCGGACCUGGCUGGUUUUUGGGAUAUGCUUCAGCUGUCAAUCGAGAAUAUCAGCCUCAAGUUUGAUGAGCUCCACCAGCUCAGAGCCAACAACUGGAGACCCCUGGAUCCCCCUGAAAGAAAGGAGAGGCGGCUUCCACCUCCAGUGCCAAAAAGGCCACCCAAGGGCCCCCACCACCACCCCCCUCUGGCCAGAGACCGCUCACUGGAGAGCUCAGAGAAACAGCGGCAGGAGGCCAGGAAGCGCCUGAUGGCCGCCAAGAGAGCCGCUUCCGUACGGCAAAACUCAGCUACGGAGAGCGCUGACAGCAUCGAGAUUUACAUCCCUGAGGCUCAGACAAGGCUAUGAGGACACUACCAGGGAUACACACAGGGUUGACAUGCAGAAUACACACAAACACAGCAUACACAAAUACAAAUGUAUGGUUGUCCACACCAAGGUUAUAGGGGUGUAACCAAAUCUGAAUACUGAAUUAAGAUAUGCACAGAUCCUGCAGUCUGAACAGAUGCGAAAAAUGUACAUUUGUGCAGUAAUAUUCUUCUGAGUCAUAACACAGAUACAUCAAACACAACUUGCUGUAAUCAGCUGAAUUCACUCUUUACAGUGCUGACCAUAUUGCUGACAUUAAAGAAGGCGCUUCUUAUAACUUUACCAGAUCUUGUCUCGUAAUGAUCAGAUUCACUCUUUUUUUUCAGAAUCAUAUCAUCACUUCUGACCAGAUUAGUUGUGCAGUGCAGAAUUAAGUCUGAGUGAUGUACCACAGGUGUUGUAUUUACCUCGUAAUCACAUAUUGAUGCCCACUGUGUGUGCUAACGGGCUGAGCGAGCUUAGAUAUAUAUAUGAGGAGUAUAAAUAGCACUAAAAAAUAUUUAAUACUAAAAAUGAAGCAGACUAGAAAAUUCCUAGCAGCUUCUGAUAUAAACCAGAUACAGAUACAAAUACAGAUAUGUGACACAGAUAGGGCAGCUCCCUAAACAUCAGGGCUGCUGAAGAAAAAACAUCUGAAUAGUGUUGAGUUAAAAACAAAUGACAUUUAUAGGCUAUAUAAUAAAAAGUCUAAACUAUAAGUGCAUGACAAAUUAAAAUGUCAGUGUCAGCCCCUCCCCAGAUAUGGACAUUGGCUUUGCGUUACAUCCCUAGCGACCAAUGUACAUUUGACUUUCCAAGACACACAAGACCCAAUAUACUGUACCCUUCAGCAUCAGUCAACUGUGUCUCCUAGAAAUUACGUCUGUAUAUUACUAAAUUGCAUUCAUAGUAACAGCCUGGAUUAUGUUCACAGAUAAUGUUACUCUUAACUACAGUUAUGUACUUUGCUGGUUUUGCAGGGAAUUGGUUGGGGUGGAUGAUGGACAUACAAAGUGCAGGACUAUGACUCAAGAUUUGUGUCCAGAAUCCUGUUAGUGGUUAGGUUUAGGCAACAAAAACACUUUAGUUAAGGUUAGGGAAAAAUGGUGAUUUUUAGUUUAAUGUUAAUAAAAAGUUAAUACAAGUAAUAAUGAUUUAGUCACUAUGAAUGGAUAAUGUAUUGCAUGACUGCCUAUUUUGGUGGAAAACAAAUAAAAUAUGUUGUCAGAGAACAUUUUGCUGAUGCGUUCACUGUCAACACUUCUGCAGCUAGAAUUUUGCAAUAGAAAAUGGAAUUUGCUCAUAAUUAUAUUUCCCUAAAAAAACAUAUUCGCUGUUUCAGAUUAGUGGUAUGUAAACAUAAUUUGUAGGAGACAGGUCUGCAUCAGUUGGCCAUGACCUGUAGGAGCUGUCCAAACCUCUAAUAAACCAAGAUUUUACAUGUUGGACCACUGUCUUUGAUACAUGUGUCUAACUUUUACUGAUUGAGACCAGCUGUAACUUUUUAUAAAGCCACAGCUACAGUUAUGUUGCAAUGUUUUUUAUAGAAAUGUGCAACCCACAAUGAGAAAAUAAUCUGAAAUCUGAGCUGAACUAAAAUACAAAUUAUUUCAUUUUUUUCUGGGAAUUUGAAGGACUUCUUCUCCAUCUACUGAGGGGAUCAUGUCAUAUGGUCACAAGCUCUAAAACAGCUACUUAAUAGACUUUGUGCCGAGAUUUCUGUCAGCUACUUAGUUAAAGGUGUACAAUGCAGGAUUUCCUAUGAAACAAUGUAUAGACCAAUACAAAAGUAAUCCUUCUCAAUCAUUACUUAUGACCCACUCUUAGUGUGUGGCAGUGUAUUUAUCUGCAGAGACUCUGCCCUUUGCCCAAAUUUUCUUAUUUUGCUGUUGUCAAGACUUCUUGGCGGCCUGUUCUCAUUCCCAGGUCAAUAUAUAUAUAUUUGCUUUGUCACACCCCCUCAGUGUGUGACGCCGAAACUGAAGGCACCCUUCAGUGUCUCUAUGAGAUGCAUAUGAGAUGCCUCCAACUAAUUUCAAUGUAGAAGAUGCAAACAAUGGACAUGCUAUAAAUCAAGCAAACAACUCUUUGUAUAGUGGGUGGAAAGGGUGGUGGAGGGGUACCGUAUGCCAAUGUUAAAACCCAGUCUCACUCUGAAGUCGUUGAAUACCGCCGUUUGGUCAGUGACUUCCAGCAUCAGAUGUUAUUCUGUAACGGGACCCUGUGCAGUCAGGGUGAAAUGCGGCCAGGCAACAAAGUAAAUGAAAAGGGUGAAACAUGAGUGGUGUGGUAGAUGGGUCCAGCAACCAUCGACUUUCACCAGGGAAGCCAGUGUUCACUUCCCGUAUGAAUGUAAAGCCAAACCCUGUUCUUAAGUCCUAAACCCAACUGUUACGACCUGCGUUUGUUGUUUAAGGUAAAAAACGUAAAUUUGCGGUGUUGUACCAGCAUAGUGCAUAGGGUUGCAGCAAUAUACCAGUUUCAAGGUAUACAGUGAUUUAUAAGUUAGGAUUAUCAUACCGUGUGCAUUUUCUUAUCUAUGAUGUUGGAAAAGAAAUGCAACUGGAUGUUGAACCUCCCCUUUAUUUUAGUUAUUUUCUAAGGGGAGACUUUACAAUGCAUGUAACACGCAUAACUUCACAUUGCGUCCCAGAACAUCAACAACCAACAGAGUACUUUGCAGGUCAUAUCUCAACAUGGAAAGUCCAUGGCGAAACUUCGAUAUGUGACGAGGUCAGAGUGAGAAUGUGUCGGUUUCACCCAGGUAACAGCUGUGUAUCACAUACAGACACUAGCGGCACAUUUGCACCAGAUCCACUGACAGAGGAUGUGUUGCGGAGAGUUUGGAGACAGGGUUGCAAUGUGUUUUGUGGUCUGUGUUUGCAUGAAGUAGACUAGUUUCAUUUUCAUGCAAGUGAGUCCGUCCAGCACAAUGCAGAUGGUUUGUGAAACUUGAACCAAGCUGUCAAACUAGGCAAUGUAGUUCUAAAAUUAAACAAGAUUCAGAAAUGGCAUUGCCUAUUUCUGAAUCUCAGAUGUUUCCAGACAUACAUUUUGGUGGAUGUUUAGAUGGAAUAACAGACCACCAUGUUAUUUCUAUUAUUUAUUUAUUUAUGUUAUUUAUGUUAGUUUGAAAAGGCAAGCAAAAAAAAAAAAAAAAGGACCGCCCAGCUAGCACUGCAUUUAUCCAAUCAAAUGCAUUCCACAAUAGGGUACGUCCUCACUGGAGCUAGUGGAAAUUAAGUACAAAGGAUGCUUUAUGCGUCGGUAUGAGACACUGAGGCGGCAUGUCAAAGCAUCAGUAUUUAAUGUCCUGGGAAUGAGUAUGGGUUGUUCCUGGGCAGAGCACACAGGUGAGUUUAGGACUUUAUAAAAAGGUAGCAGCAGGUGCCAAACCAUAAGCAGCAUGCAUCCAAGAGAAAGCUAUGAAAAUUGCAGACACAGCGCAAAAAAAACGCAAAUAGAGAGGCGAUAUGCCAAGCAGAGUGAAUGUGGCUGGCUUUCACUUUAGCUGGCGACACUGUUUACAAACAGGACUGGACAAUUCCUGCACAGUAUACCUUUAAUGUUGGAGGAAGACUGUGGCAGAGUGUAUUCAGCCUUUCAGGUUUGGUCAGAUCAUACAGGACAUGGUUUGACUUUUGGUAGAUGUUGAAGAUUUCGUCUGUGGGUCUUGUAAUACUACACAAACAUGUACAGAGGUGAUGGACAGUCCUACACACACACACACACACACACACACACACACACACAGAGUAGUAGUGUGAAAACACUUGGAUCACACAACGGUUUACACUCACACAAACUAACACAUCAGCACUCACAGGUAAUUCUUUCAGGUCUCGUGGCUGUAUGAACUGCAGGCUGUUGUAAUAUAAAAACAGAGUCUCUCUCUUCCAUCUGGAGAAGAGGCCGUCAUGAUCACUGUUGAUCUCCACACUCCAUCUAUUCUUCAUUGAAGUUAGGAACUUCAUGUAACGAUCAACUGGUAUUUUCUUCCACUAUGGUGAACACUAAAAAUGGAGACAAUAUUUUAAUGGAAAAUUGGUUAUUUUACAAAUGUAGAUGUACUUCCAUAGGUUUGGACAUGAUUCUUAUUGGUUGUGAUCAUUUUUUACUCAGCAGUCGGCUCACAUGGACUACACAGGGCACUGCGAACAGGAGCCACCAGGCAGGUUUUAACCAAGUUUUGUAAAAACAACAUAUUCAAAGAUUUGUUUCAAAACUGUCCGAUGGCUGGUGUGGUUGCUCCCUCUGUAUUUUAGCAAUUCAGCUUUUGAUGACCAAAACUACAAAUAUUAAGUUGUAAAUAAACAGUUUUCUUUUAACCCUUGCUUGUGUAAUAUAGAAAGCCAUCAAGUGAAUUAUGAAGUGCUGAUACGAUCAAAUACACUGUUACUCGGGAAAUAAUGCCUGAUACUGUUGGGAAAUGAUUUGAGUUUGGUGUUUGUAUGAUCACCUCUUGUGCAUAGGUCACACGUUUUCUCCCUUUUUGGUUUGAUCUGCACAUCCACUCUUGGAUUUGUAUUUUACAGGGUACAUUUACACUUAAGCAAUAUUUAGUGAAGAUAGAGAUAGAUUUUGUGGAUUGAGCUUUAUGGAACUGCUAAAAGAUUUACUAUUUAACUCAAGACCCUAUAAUUUAUAAGAAGGAGUGAGACUGAAUUGAAUGUGCAGUGUAGUAUUAAUGUCAUGGCAUCUCUCAAGUAGCUACUCUAGUUGGGCAAUUAAAAAAAAUAACUUAAUCUUUCUAAUUCUAAGAUGUUCAAAUUCAUUUUUUCUUCAUUAGAGUGUUAGAUAGUUUGACCGGCCAUGUCAAGAUUUACACAGGUUGGAGAAGUCUAAUUUGAAACUGGUAGCGAUGCAGAUAAGAGGAUCCUCUGGCUGUUUAAAGACAAAUACAGAGGCUGUGUUUCUCUUUGUGUAAACAGCCAUCAGACAGUUUUGGACACAAAGGGCUAUGACUCUAGCCAUUAGUAGGAAUCCAGUGGUUGACAAAUAAGAGCCUCCAGGGAGCCAGAGUUAAUUUAAAGCUCCCUGAACAAAAUGACAAUAGAGGCAUUGUUUCAGUACUAUAGACUGUCCUAAUUAGACAUUGCAUAAGAAUGGCAGUUGAAUAUAGUCUUCAUUCAUACAGUAACUUCAUUUUGAGCUGUCUCGCUGUCUGCAAGCUGUCACCACAGUUUAUGAGCUGGAUCGAUCCCUUGCUUCUCCACAGCUCUACCCUCUCAUACAGAUAUGGUCACUUCUGGCUCCAAAAAUCCAAGAUGGCAACAGCCAGAACCCAGUCUCAUUCUGUAGUCGUCAAAUACUGCAGCUUGGUCACUGAUUUCCAAGUCAGACACCAAUGAAAGACAGGCAACCUUUUGUGGCGCUUUCAUAACCAGAGAGAGGUGUUAGUUAAUAACACCAUCAGUCGUCAUCAGUCAAGGACACUGACCUGCCUGAAAAUGAACUUUGUGUUUGUCAGUCUGAAACAGAAUGUUCAUUUUGAUUUGGUUGCACCACUGUGUCAUCUUGCAGGCUUUUAUACCCGCCCAAAAAAUCCUGGACACAGAAUUUGUGAUAAACAGUCAAUCUCCACAGUUCAGUACUAUAGUUCCCAAUCUAUGCACAUUUUCAACAUGUUUUCUAACAUGUAUAAUGUGUUUAGAUGUAAAUCUCAGUUUUUUUAAGUAUUUUGAAAAGGCACAAUGCAUGUAACAAGCGUAAAGUGACAUGGCGUCCCAGAAAGUCAAUAACAGAUGCACCCAGGAUACAUAACGCGUCAUAUAUAGACAUUAAAGUCCACUGACCAAGCGACAAUAUGUGACGAGCUGGGAGUAAGAAUGUGCUGAAUGCCAAAUCCGAGGCUUCGAAAUAGUAGUCCAGAAACCAAUGGGUGACGUCAUGGUGGAUAUAUACAUUAUUUUUACAGUUUAUGCCACAACUACAUCCACUGCUCAUUAUAAUUCCCUUCAUUUGAAAUGAAUUUAGUGGACAUUAUUGCUGUCAUAAAUGUUAGUGUGACCAGGCUCUCAGAUACAAAGAAACAGUGUGUGGGUUAACUUCUCAGUGUGUACUAAUGGUUUACUUUAACUGGUUCUUGUGUUCUAUUUUACACUAUACUCUGAAAGGAAAAUAAGUCAAGGGGAAUUGUACUAUUUUUUCUAGUUACCCAGAGUCUCCGUUUUUCUGUGCAUGCUAUAUGAAAGAACAGGAGCCGCUGCUUAGCUAAAAUGCUUGAGAUCUACAGAAACAAUCAGCACUUCUGUCAAGACAAGGUUGACAGAUCAUCUUUAAAGAUGAGAGAUUUAUUACUGAAGUGAAGUUGGGUUUUUGCCAGUGAGAAGGUAGUUUUCACGUGUCAAAGUGUCUGUGACUCUGGUUGAGUAGGAAAAAUAGUUAACUUCACCCAAACUGUCCAUGCAUCAUUAAUUUCCCUGUGCAUUAAAAUGACAGGAACAGAAAUGACAGUGUGGCUGGAUGAUAAAAAUAAGAUGUGGAAUAUUCUUGUCUUGUUUAUAGUGACAAACCUAAAUGUAACUUUGAUUUUGACUUUUAAAGCAGUCCAUCCAGGGUGUUGUAAUGGCAAAAAUGAAUGCCUAUUGAGUCAAACCCCAGGAAUUCUGCAAUUUUGUCCAAUCACUGCAACUGCCGCAAAUAUGACUAUUUAAAAUGGAUAAAAUCUCAUUUCGGUGUAGAACUGCACCCAGUGUGUUGAACUUAGCUUCUCUCUUUCUCUGUUUAUCAUGAGACCACUGCUGCGCCUGGGACAGAGUCUCACACACACAGUGACAGGGAUAACUGUUACCUAACAUUAACAGGUUUUAUGAGUCAAGCCAUUUCAGAGUUGGUGUAAGAUUAUGAGGACUUUUUAUAGCUCAUUGUUGGAUAUUAGCUGCUGCAGCUGUGUUAGUUCGUGCAUCAGGCAUUUUAGGUUGGCAUUUUGCUGCACUCCCUGAUUUUGUUUUUAUACUGCCAAUGCUGAACGAAGACUGAGUGGGCUAUCCUGCAAAUUUUCAGAAUUCCUAUUUAAAAAGGGAUGGCUUUAGAUCCCAAAUCCCACAAUCCCAAAACCAAGCUGUGAAAUCCCAGAGGGACUGUUAAAGGGAUGCGUUAAACCAAGCAGAGCAGCUGAUAUUAAAAUACUUUGUGAUUAAUUUAAAGAAUGAAAACAUAAAUACUUAAAGGUCUAAUGUUUAGGAUUUAGUGGCAUCUAGUGGUGAGGUUGCAGAUUGCAACAAACUGAAAUUUCUCCCAGGUGCCAAGUAUGUAGGAGAACUACAUGCUAUAUACUACAUGCUAACAUAAAAUGCUAAUGGUCCUUUCUUGAGCCAGUGAUUGGUUUGUCUGUACUGGGCUACUGUAGAAAAAAACAUGGCAGACUCUGGAAGAGGACCUUCUGUGUGUAGAUAUAAAGAGCUCAUUCUAAGGUAAUUAAAAGAUGAAGAUUCUUAGAUUCAGGUGGUUAGAAACUGAUAAAAACAUAGUUAUGAAUAUUGCAAUCAGUUUCUGCCAAUAUGUCCUGCCAAUAAACUAUUAAAAGCAGGUGGUUGGCAAUACAUCCAGCAUCAAAAUGCACUUUGACCAACUCAGCCUCACUCCAAAGUCAUCGAAAACCAGCACUUGGUCAGUGGUUUUGUAUUUUGAAAACAGACGAUGCAUAUAACAGGCAAAAGUGGACACAGCUUCCCAGAACCAAUGCACCCAGUGUACCUUGCACAUCAUCUGUCGACAUGGGAAGCCCACUUCUACGGCUCCUGUACAUAAAUCACACAAAGGAAAAAUAUAGUACUUACUAAUUUAAUCAAUGUAUCAAUUUAAUCAAUGAACUGUAACAUAUGCCCCUGCUAUGUUUUAUUGGUAUUCUUACAUUGUGAUUAAUCUUAGCUUAGUUUAAAUGUUUAGCUUAGUUUAAAUUAUUUCUUCUUAAAAUUCAACUUGUGAAACUACAUUGUAGUGCUUUUAUUUUCUACUUGGUGGUUCAACAAAUAAUACAGACCAUCACCAUGGCCUGCAUAACAAGCUUAAUAUGGUGUAAUAUCAGAGCUGCAAUAUCUGUUUUUGUUACUAUGAAUGAAACAAAAUUUCGUAUUUUGGAUACUCAUAAUGAAAAUUCAGCCAUAUCAUCAUUUCUGCUGUUGUCACUUUGAAGGGGCACUCCAGCAACUUUACACAUGAAAGUAAGUUUACUCCUCUUUUUGAGCUCUACUAAUUAACGUCUUCUGUGUCUCUAGCUUUGGAAUAUGUCUUAGAAAAUCAUCCUGAUGAUGUCACAGUGUCACUGAGGUUAUCUCAGCUUGGGCUUAAAGACUUAAAAUAUAUAAGAGAAAGCCUGUACCGAGCUGUAGAGUUUGAAAGCUAUGGGUGUUUAUCAGUCAGGAAGUGUCUAAUAAAGAGAAGCUUUGAUAUUGCAUUAUGGAAAGUGCAGGAUCCAGUAUUUUGGAACUUGGCACACACUAAGGACUAAAUGUCAUAUCUCAGCUUCAAUUUUGCACACUUUUUAAAAAUCUGUCUCCUCUGAGUCCCCAACUUUAUGCAAGUGCACUACUAAGUUGCUGGAGUACCCUCUUCAUGCAAAAAAACACAAAACAAUACAGUGAAGCUAUUAUAAAGCACACCAAACUUUGUAUUAAGUUUGGACUGCACAGAGACAUCUGCGGUGAACACACCAACAGCAGAUUAAAUUUGGUCAUAGAGGUGAAUAUUUCGCCCGGCUUGCUACAGUUUCUGACCAGAGUUCUAAAGUGCCAUGAGAACACAUUCCAAAUCCAUAAUUCAUAUUCCACAGCUGGACCAGACCUGGUCUCAACAGUGACAAAGAAACAUCUUUGGGGUCAAGAUGACUUUUUUUAGAGCUACUUCAUGUUGUUUAUUUGUGAUAAGGCCAUUUAUACUAUUAGCCUACUACUUAUGCCAACAUUUAUUGUGACAACCUCUUCUAUAACUGCCAUUCAUUUCUCCAGAGCACUAAUUUGGGAAUCAAAAGUAGAAUUCACAGGAUUCUACACGCUAUUCUAAGAUGAUGAUGAUGAUGAUGAUGAUGAUGAUGAUGAUGUGUUGUUGAUGAAAGUAUUCAAUAUUUAUUUUCUUCUUUUGUAAAGAUUAGUUGUGUGUGUGGGGAGGGGGUGUAAUUUUGUACAGGAUCUAAUUACCUCUGUGUUUAAAUGAUGAUGACAGUGACAAUGACAGUGAGCCAUAUUCAAUGUGAAAUACCCUUCUUAUCAAGAGGAAAGGGCCAUACAGAUGCUGAAAGAGUUUUUUGUUUUUAUUUUACCAUUUACUGAAUCAUUUCUUUAGUGUUCCAGUAGCAAGCUUUCUGUCUGUGUGUUUGGGAGGAACAGAAGGGCAGGAACAACAUGACACGAAUGUGAACCGGGGGAGCAGGAGAGUGUGCACAUUGGGAAUCUUUAGUGUAUACUAGGCUCUGGAAGUGUCUCAAAUAAAAGCCUUGAUGACUCUUCAGACAUGAUGACUAACAGAACAGAGCCACUGGCCGGAGAAUGUUCAAACUUUGAGGCUGUGGUGUCAAAAACAUGAAAACAAAAAGGUAGAAUCUAUGGAAGAUAAGUGCUGCCAAUACUGAAACAAAAAUCUUAUCACAUUUCAUGUACAUUUUUUUUUGCAUGUGAUCUAUGUCAAAAUUAAAAUUGCAAUUAAAGAAAGUACAUAUUUGAAAAUGCAUAAUUACUGCUAAAAUUUAAAACUUCUUUAAAAAAUAAUUCAGUCUACUCAAAGAUCAAAGAUUAAUAAAACGAUGAUAAUGAAGAUGAAAUUGAAAGUCAAAAGAAUAUUCUUAAACUGAAAGAAACUUUACCAAAUCAUGUAAAUUUUAUUGCAAACUAGACUUUAUGACAGCCAUAGACUUGUACUGUACUUCCUCUCCAAAUCAAGAAUUGAGGAAAAAAAGAAAAAUGAAUAUGACAACACAAAAAAAAAACCCACAAAUCAAGAAAAAUCAGAGAUAUAUAAGAAAAG